AUGACGGCGGUUGAGACUAUGGAGGAAAAGAAACCCGGGCAUGGUGAGGUUCGUUCCACAAUGAGCCACUUCCGCAACAAGGAGGGCAUGCUCAUCAGGACGUACGCCUCUAUUGUGCCUGACGCGAAGGGUUCCAUUGUUUUGGUGCACGGCAACCGCUGCCACUACAGAGCGGAGUUCGCCGCGUACAACCUGCGCUGGUACCUAGACACCUACAAGAUUGGCGACCCGAAUGUGAGCGAGGUUGUGCAGAAGGAGCUCCAGGCGGUGUUCCCGAAGGGUGCCGCGAACGUGCUUAAGACAGAGGAUUCGAAGGGUGAGAAGGGAUUCGCCAUUGAUGGGCAGAGCUUCUUCGACCUUACGCCCAGGUUCGUCUAUGAAGGCAGCUUCAUCAACAAGCUCAAUGAUCUUGGCUACAAUGUCUACGGACUCGACCACCAGUCCCAUGGUAUGUCGGAGGGUUUGCGCGGCGAGCGCAACUACUAUCUGGACCUGGAGAAUCUUGUCGACGAUGUCAUCCAGUUCAUCGAUAUCAUCAAGAGGGGACAAUUCGAAAACACCGAGGAAAAGUACACCGCAGACGUCAUUGGCGGGCCGUCCCAGGUUGGAAAGGUCUUCCUCGCCGGCAUCUCCAUGGGCGGUAACAUUGUGCUCAGGGUUGCGCAAAAGACUUCCAUUUACAACAAGGACAACCACAUGUUCGUGGACGGGUUAAUCGCUUUCGCGCCUAUGUGUGACCUUUCAUCCUACACCGCCUCAAUUGGGAGGAAGAUACAGCUGCUCGUCACCAAGAUGCUGGCUUGCUGCUGCCCCGCGGCAACGUGCAUGGUGCCCAAUGAAAAGAUCAUCAACAACAUGAACGCCUUCUUCAGGAACCAGGAUCCGCAUUACUUCAAGGAUACUCAGUGCUACGGCGUUAUUCUGAGUCUGAUAGCCGCAACCAAGAAGUUGCACAGAAACCACCGCUCCUACCCACUCAACCUUCCUACGCUCGUCGUGCACUGUGAUGACGACGACACUGUCUCCGUUAAGGGUUCCCGCGUGCUUACCAGCAAACUCCUUAAGGACCACACGGACCUGCAAUAUGUCGAGCUUAAGGGAUCUGUACACUGCCUCACUUCCGUCCUCUACGUUGACAACAUUAUGCCCCAUGUAUCUCAGUGGCUGGAUAAGGUGAACGCGUGA